GUAACUUGCUCCACAUCACCAAAGAACGCGGUACAAUCUGUAAAUUCCUCCAACCCCCUGCCCCUUUUAAAGCUGUUGAUCCAACCCAUCAUCAUUUCUUAUUUCGUUGCAGCUCGCCUUCCCAUUCAACAGGAUAGAAAGGAAACAGAAAAGGCUGAGCAAAUCUGAAGUAGAGAAGAAGAAGAAGAAGAAGCUAGAUGAAGAUACAGUGCGACGUGUGCGGCGUCGAGCAGGCCUCCAUCCUCUGCUGCGCCGAUGAGGCCGCUCUUUGCUCCGGCUGCGACGGCCGCAUCCACUCUGCUAACAAACUCGCCGGAAAACACCGCCGUUUCUCCCUCUUUCUCCCACCCUCCCGUCCCCUUCCUCUCUGCGACAUCUGCAAGAAAAAGAACGGCUUUGUUUUCUGCCAGGAAGACAGAGCAAUACUCUGCAGAGACUGCGACGUACCCAUCCACAAGGCCAACGUCCACGCGGGCCGCCACAGCCGCUUCCUACUCACCGGAAUCCGCCUCUCCUCCUCUCCGAUCCCUUCUUCUGAAGACAAAGAUGAUUUGAACACUAAAAUCACAGUUGCAGAGGAAAAGCCUGUGUGCAGAACAGCAGCCACUAAGGUAAAAGACGAAGGCGGCGGCGGCCCCUGUAGUGGUGGAGGUGGGAGCAGCAUAACGGAUUACUUGAUGAAGAUGUUGCCCGGGUGGCGCGUCGAUGAUUUCUUAUUCGAUGAUCCCGCCGCCGGCGAGAAAGAAGCAGUCGCCGGACUCUGGAAGGUGCAUGGAGCUCAGCCACCCGUUAAUGUAUCUCUGUUCACUUCGGCUAGUUUGAAUGCCACCACUGAAGUGGCGGGGUCGCCGGAGAUGCAAUGGCGUCCACUGAUGAGCUCUGAAGAGGUUAGUCGAGCUUCGUGGAGCGAGGAGGAGGCCUCCAUGGUGCCGGAAUUGACCCCAUUUCACUGUAAUUACAAAAAUAAUAAGAGACCCAGGACUUCACUCUGGUUCUAAAUGCUCUCAAACGGAUCUAGUCCUGCCCUUUCCUUUUCUUUUUUUUUUUUUUUUUU